AUCGAAGGUAUUCGUACAAAAUAUUGUUUUUUGAAAAUAAUUUGGUCCCCAGUCUAGCGGAAGUAAGUUACCUGUCAGAAUCGGUCAUAAUCACGCCAGACACAGGAAAAGAGAAUUUUUGUUGUUUUUUUCGGAUAAUUACAGUAUGACAUUACAGUGGACAUUUAUAGCUGUGUUUUUGUAUGGAGAGAUUGGUCUGGUGUCUCUGCUUCUCUUACCUUUCAUUUCUCCAUCAAGAUGGCAGAAAAUCUUUCGUUCUGGGCUCAUAAACAAGGUGGCAGCUUAUUCACAUAUCUACUUCAAUGUUUUCAUUGCCAUUCUGUUGCUGCUCUUCUUUGAUGCUUAUCGUGAAGUAAGUAAAUAUGCGGGUCCUACAUCUGAGGUUGACAUGAAGCAUAAUCCAGAACAACAGAACCUUGCCCACAUGAAAUUGUUCCGUGCACAGAGAAAUCUAUAUAUAGCUGGAUUUGCUCUCUUCUUAUGGUUCAUAAUCCGUAGACUGUGUACCCUGAUUUCCCAGCAAGCACAGUUACAGGCCCAGUCUGAUGCAAGUCAAAAACAGGCACAGUCUGCUACAGAUGCUGCGAAAAAGUUAAUGGAAGAGAAAGAAAAUCUCUCAAAUAUGGCUAGAGCUGAUGACACUGAUGUUGAUGCUGUAAAGAGAGAAAAAGAUCUUGCACAGGAACUAGAUGAAGCCAGACAAGAACUGGCGAAAACUAAGAAAGAGCUGGAGAAAAAGCAGGUAGACUUUGACACUUUAAAAAAGCAGUCUGAGGGAACCAAUAAAGAGUAUGACAGACUUAUGAAAGAAAUGGAGAAGUUACAGAUGGCAGUUGACGGAGGCUCAGUUGAUACCGAAAGCAAGAAAUCAAACUAGAAAAUGUCUUUUAAAAAAUCUGAUUCAAUAAUAUGAUGUUACUGUAUUAUUGUAAUUUGAGUGCAUUAGCAAUCCAUCGUUUGACAUUUAAAUUAAUUUUACCAUUAUUUCAAGCAUUAUUUGCAAAGUGUUGUAUUUGUUGGAUGCAAUAUGUGUGGUGCACAGGAUCAGUAAGGAUGUGAUACAACUAUUUGUAUUUGAUGAGAGGUCAAGAAUAAGUGUUGGCUAUCAUUGAAUAAAGAAAGUGCCAAGAUUUAUAAUUGCUGUAGCUUAAGCAAAAAUAAAAAGUUCUGUAGAAGAACUCAGUGUUUUAAUCAACUGUAUUUUAAAUGUUUUGAGAUUUAUAUGUUUGCUGUAACUGGUUCUGUAAGUGUCUGGUUAAUUCAAACUUACAAUGAUUUUGUGACUGAUUAAAAACUGGAAGGUGGAACUUGGAAUGUAGAAUUUCCAGAGGGUGCAAGAUAUAUUGAGGGAAAAUAUACAGUAACAAGAGUAAAAUUCAUAUUUUUAUGGAAUGCUUAUAAGAAUAUAAUUAUGUUAAUGAUGUAUAAUGGGUAGACAGUAUAAUUAUAGGUUACCAGUAUAUAUUCCAUAGUCCUUUAGAAGAUAUUUUUGUAGAAGUGAUUUGUCUGGUUUAGGCUUGUAGAUGUAUUACAAAUUUAUAUAGUGCAUGUAGAAUUGUCUUGACCUCAUACUUUAUAUUUCUGCCCAGUAUAAAGGUCACAGUCACAUGUCUGGAGGGUAAAUGUUUGCCAAGUUAUCUUGAUAAAAUCCUGCUCAUAAGUAAAAGUUUUUUUUCUGAUAUUUUAGUUGUGGGAGAACUUAAAAUCAAUUCCAGCUUAUUUCCUGUUGUAAAUAUUGUGAGAAUGUAGUAGAUUACUUUUAGACUUGCCUUGCAAUAUGUAUGUAUCUUUCUGUUGUGUAGCUGAUAUUUUUUUUCAUGCAUUAAAACCAUAAUGGUAUCUUUUUCUAAAGAAUACACAUAAAUAUAUAGAACAAAAAUUGGGUUGUCAUUUUGUUCAUGUCUGGUAUGAAAUGUGAUUGGUUAACUAAAUUGCAAGACAAAAUAAUCAUUGAAAUCCAUAUUUUCAGCCUUCAAUUUUCUGUGACAAAUGGCUUUUUGUAUCUCUGCAUUUUAAAUUGAAUUAUGUUUUAGUUUGAAAGAUGUAUGUCCAUAUAUUCUAAUUAAAUAGCGUUUCAUAUUGUAUACAUUUUUUCUUAUUGGAAAGGUACGCAUCAAGCUACAGUGCUUUUGAAGAUCAGUGAGGGAUUGGUCAACCAAUCAGAUGUUAUAAAUAUCUGACUGACCCAGUGUUAUAAUGUAAACCCGAUAAAAAUAUUCUCAUGUAAAUUUGGAUGUACAGUAAUGAAGAUUUCAUGAUUUUAAGAACAAUAUCUUGAUAAAUUUAGAUGUCAGAAUUGAAUUACGAGAAAGAUAAUACAGAAGUUUUUUGUAUAUUUUGAUGCUGAACUGUAUGCAAAAAAUCUUAUUUCACACUAGCCAUGGAAAAAUUCUUUAUACCAAUCAGGUGGUCGAGCAGUGGUGAGGAAGGUAGUUUUUUCACUGGCUUGUUAGAAGAGCUGAAAGUAAAGAAGUGUCUGAAAUGUUAUAAGAUGUAAAAAUGCUGUCAUCUUUGUUGUUCAAGUAUUUUACCUGUAACAAUCCACAACCCUUGCUGCAUGUUUGAUUACAGAUUGUAGAAUGGUGUAUGUUUGAAGCAAAACUGUUUGAAAAAGAGUUUGUCAUAAAUAAUGCACUAUUUUUAUAUUACAAAAACAAGACUCUUAACUUUUCAAAGAAUUCUUUGAAAACAUAGGGUCUUGAAUGUCCUGCUGACUAUUGUAGAUUUGUGAUGUUAAUGCUGCCUUCCUGUCAGUUUUUUGUUUUUUAUCUUUGUUUCUGUCUUUCAUUUUAGGUAACUGUAAAAAAUUCUGAACUGUUGAGUAUUUAUAUAUAUUUAAGCUUCAUUUUAAAUACGUUGUCAACCAUUUAAAAAAAAAAACAAAAAAAAAACUAUUAAUGGGAGUUAAUCAUUGAUGAUUUUAAUUUGUUGCUUAUGUGUUGCUCUUUGUGCAUUAUGGUUUUUAUUUCAUACAAAACAAAUGAAAGACCCAGUCAUUGUAAAGGGUAGUUUGGUAUAUUUAGGAUUGAAAUCCUCUUGCUCAAACUUUGGGGAAAAAAAAAGAAUGAUGUUUCAGACUAAUUAUUCCCAUUUAAAGAUAUCCCAUUAAGACAUAUUUCCAGUAAAAAUGAUGGGUGCCUCAUCCAUUAGUCACAAACUUGGAACAUAACUGAGGAAACAUUUGGAUCACAGAUAAGUUUUGGUUCACACUUUCUACAUAUUCAAGGAAAAUACUUGAAAAAAAAAACUUUUGCUUCAACGAGGAAACAUACAGAAAAAGUAAUUUUUAGUUCACGUUUUUACUUUUGCAUGGAAAUCAUUUGCAGAUAUUGACUUUUUAUUCACCUAUCCUAAAACGAACAAAAAAUGACAUAUGUGGAAGUUGGAAGAAAUGAAAAAUAGAUUAUACUUGAAAGUGGAUGAUGGAUAUGUAAUAAAGUUUCUUGAUUUAGGUGCACCUUUUAGAAGCAUUGGGUCUUCGUUCCUGAAGAGUAUUUAUAAUAAAUAUAUUUAAUUCA